AUGGUGGUUGGGCAAAAAGCAGAUGGACCUGAACAUCUGAGAGUAUGUGCCCGUCGAGUGUUUGUAAUUAUGCCUGAGGGAACACCACCGGAAGAAAUCCAGUUUCCUGGCGGCGUCGAGGGAGCCACGGCGGAGGAUCUGGAGGACAAGCUCCUCGGAGAGGGGGAUCGAGUCGCCAUCUCUGUCCAGAGUGUGAAUUCCUCCGGGCUUGGACAGGCGACUAGCAAGAGGUCGCCGAGUGAGCUCGCCGGAGAUUUUGCGGCAGUUGUGAACCUAUAUUCCGAGCAGAAAGGUACAAUGAGAAAGGCGAGGGGAUUAUGA